AUGAACCGACUCGUCACUGAGAUCCGCUCCGCCUUCGCCAAGGACUCCGAUAUCUCCUUCCGCACCAUCACAAGUCUACCCUAUCUAACAGCCGUCAUCGAGGAGUCGCUGCGAUUGUACCCACCGUUCGUGACGAGCCUGGCACGUAUUGUGCCUGCAGGAGGAGCAAUGAUAGAUGAACACUUCGUGCCAGAGGGUACCAUUGUCGCCUGCCACCAUUACGCCUCAUACCACUCCUCGUCCAACUUCACCUUCCCUAACGACUUUAUCCCCGAGCGAUGGCUGGGCAUCGACGCACGAUUCAACAAGGACAAGAAGGACGUCCUACAACCUUUCAGCUUGGGACCCAGAAACUGCCUAGGGAAAAACCUUGCAUACUGCGAAAUCCGCCUGAUCCUCUGCAAACUGCUGUACCACUUCAACCUGGCCCUGUGUCCGGAAAGCGCCAAUUGGACAGAUCAGAAAGUGUAUUUCCUUUGGGACAAGCCCGCUCUCCUCGUGACACUCACAGACCGUCUUGCCGGGCAGGAAAUGCAUAAGUCGAAUGCCGAGUAG